CCGGACGGGAGGAAAGUAUCUGCUUCGCUGAGGGGGGAAAAGGAGGAGCUGGAGACAGAUUGUGGGACCGAGCGCGGGCGGGCGGGAGGCGACGGAGCUACCAGCGGCUCCGCUCAGCUAUAUGAAAUAUGGGAGACGACAGACCGUUUGUGUGCAAUGCCCCAGGCUGUGGACAGAGAUUUACAAACGAGGACCACCUGGCAGUUCAUAAACACAAGCAUGAGAUGACAUUGAAAUUUGGCCCAGCCCGAACUGACUCAGUCAUCAUUGCAGAUCAGACUCCUACACCAACUAGAUUCCUGAAGAAUUGUGAAGAGGUGGGACUCUUCAAUGAACUAGCUAGCUCCUUUGAACAUGAAUUCAAGAAAGCUGCAGAUGAGGAUGAGAAAAAGGGUGCUGCCGGACCCCUUGACAUGUCUCUGCCUUCCACACCCGACAUCAAAAUCAAAGAAGAAGAGCCUGUGGAGGUAGACUCAUCCCCACCAGACAGUCCUGCCUCUAGCUCCUGCUCCCCACCCCUGAAGGAGAAGGAAGUUGCCCCAAAACCUGUUGUGAUCUCUACCCCCACGCCCACCAUCAUCCGUCCUGGUUCCCUGCCUCUCCACUUAGGCUAUGAUCCACUUCAUCCAACCCUUCCUUCCCCAACCUCAGUCAUCACACAGGCUCCACCAUCCAACAGGCAAAUGGGGUCUCCCACUGGCUCCCUUCCUCUCGUCAUGCAUCUUGCUAAUGGACAGACCAUGCCUGUGAUGCCAGGCCCUCCAGUACAGAUGCCUUCUGUUAUAUCGUUGGCCAGACCUGUGUCCAUGGUGCCCAACAUUCCUGGUAUCCCUGGCCCACCAGUUAAUAGCAGUGGUUCCAUUUCUCCCUCUGGCCAUGCUGUACCAUCAGAAGCCAAAAUGAGACUAAAAGCCACCCUAACCCACCAAGUCUCCUCAAUCAACGGUGGUUGUGGAAUGGUGGUAGGUACUGCCAGUACCAUGGUAACAGCCCGUCCAGAGCAGAGCCAGAUUCUCAUCCAGCAUCCUGAUGCCCCUUCCCCUGCCCAGCCACAGGUCUCUCCAGCCCAGCCCACCCCUAGUACUGGGGGACGACGGCGGCGCACAGUAGAUGAAGAUCCAGAUGAGCGGAGGCAGCGCUUUUUGGAGCGCAACCGGGCUGCAGCCUCCCGCUGCCGCCAAAAGCGGAAGCUAUGGGUAUCUUCUCUAGAGAAGAAAGCAGAGGAACUCACUUCUCAGAACAUUCAGCUGAGUAAUGAAGUCACAUUACUACGCAAUGAGGUGGCUCAGUUGAAACAGCUACUAUUAGCUCAUAAAGACUGCCCAGUAACUGCACUACAGAAAAAGACUCAAGGCUAUUUAGGUAAGAAGACUGUACUCAAAGUAGAUCACUUACCUGAAGUUACACAGCUAGUAAAGUGGUAAAAUCAAGAUUUACGUCCAGACUUUUUUUUAUUCCAAAGACACUAGAGACUUCCAGAAAAGAGAUAAAUAGCAGAAGAUACUUUGGGAUUAAAACAUUGGGAUUUGGGGUUAUAUUUUAUUUUUUUUUAUUAUAGUUCAUGUUGGUUUCUAUUUAUAAUCUAAUGAUCACACAUAAAAUAGUGCUGGAAAGAGUCGGCUAUAGAAUUGUUAUGAGCAUAAAUACAAUUCUGAAGUUAAUAUUACUGUGAAUAAUUUGCUUGUGGAUAGUAAAAGCUAAUAAAUGCUCAUUUUCAUUACAAGUUAAAGAAAUUUAUAGAUAUGUUGGCUCUCACAUUUUGAUAUAUUGAAUUAUUUCUGCAAAACCAUCCUUAUCAUUUCAAGAUGUAUUCUCAUAGAAAAAGAGUAACCACAUCACCAGUUUUAAACAUCUCUAUUUAAAUUUUAAUAUAUGCUUCAGGGUAUAUUCAUUAAGCAGAUGUAGAUUGAGUGCCUGAUCUGUACCAGGCACUGUUUUACAUGCUGGGAAUAUAAUAGAAAAUCAAAUAGAUUAGAUUAAAUCCCUGCCCUUGAGGAGCUUAUAUUUAGUAGGUGAGACAAAUAAUAAAUAAGAUAAAUAGGUAAAAUAUAUGGUAUGUUAGAUAAUAGUAAAUGCUAGAAGAACAAGUAAAAAAGGGAAGGGUGAUAGGAAAUGUUGGUAGCAAGAUUAAAAUUUUAGAUGAAGUGGCUUUUGAAUAAAGACCUAAAAGGAAGUGAGGGACCUAGCUGUGCAUUUAUGUGGACGAAAAGUACUGCAGAAAGGAUGAACAUCAAAUGCAAAGACCCUUGAACAUACCAUGCCUGGUAUAUUCUAGGAACAUCAGGGAGCUGGAGAGAAUGGGGCAGGGAUUAUUGGAUGAGGUAGAGGAUAUGUUGGGAGAAGUUCACAUAGGGUCUUGUCAGUCAUAGCAAGAAUCUCAGCUCUUAUUCUACAUUGGGAACCUCGGGUUUUCAGCAAAGGAGCAAUAUGACAGACAUGAUUUAUAUUUGAACAAGAUCAUUCUGUUAGAAAUAUCAGGAGUGGGGCUAGAGUUGUGGCUCAGUGGUAGAGCAUUUGUCUAGCAUGAGGCCCUGGCUUUGAUCCUCAGCACCUAAUAUAAAUAAAUAAAUUAAAUUAAAUACCCAUUGACAACUAAAUGUUAAAAAAGAAAGAAAGAAAGAAAUAUCAGGGGUGCAAUGACAGAAGCAGGCAGUUCACCUAAGGUUACAAUAAUAUGAGUAAGAGUCUUGACCAGGUGGUAAUAAUCAAAGUGGAGAGCAGGUAUUGGAUUCAGGAUAUCUUUUGCAGUCAGAGUGAUGGGUUUUGAUGACAGGCUACAUGCAGAGGUAUAUGAAAAAAAGAAGAAUCAAAAGUUGCACCAAAGUUGGUGGCUUGAGUGGCUGCAAGAAUCAAAUUGUCACUGGGUACGACGUGCCUACCUAUAAUCCCAGCAACUCGGGAGGCUGAGGCAGGAGGAUUGCAAGUUCAAGGCCAGCCUCAGCAAUUUAGCAAGACCCUUUCUCAAAAUUUAAAAAAAAAAAAAAAGGACAGGGGAUGUAGCUCAUUGGUUAAGCACCCUUGGGUUCAAUCCCUGGUUACCCCCCCACCCCAAAAAAGAAGAAUGAAAUUGUUAUUAAUUAAGAUAGAGGAAGUCUGGGAAGUAUAUCAAGGGAUGUUUUGAACAAACUGAGGUUAAGAAGCAUAUUAAGCUCGUAGAUGUCAUGCAAGCAGUUGGUUAUAUGGAUCUACAGUUCAGAGGAAAAGCUAAAGGUACCCUUUAGGAGUCAGUAGCAUAUAGUUAGUUUUGAAAGCCAGGAACCUGGAUGAAGUCCCCAAGGGAGAGAGCAUAGCUAGGAAAAGAAGUAAUUCCAAGACUCAACCUUGAGGUACUUCAGAGGUCAGAGAGAUGAGAAGGAACCCACAUGAGAUCAAGAAGGUGCAGCCACAAAGGUAGCUGAGUAGUAAGUCAAGAUAAGAAAGCAUUUCAAGAAGUUUAGUCAUCAACUGUUUCAAAUCCUAUUGAUGAGCUAAGGAGACCAGAAAUGAGCAUUUUUCUCAGUAUGUGGCCUAUAGGUAAAAGUUUUCUACUCAUCCUACAAACACUCUGACAGGUAGUCAAUCCAUUAAACUACUUAUUUGUUACGUCAAAGAUAUGUUUAGUUCCUGCUGUGUGGUAUUGACAUUAUGGUAGGUACCUGACACAAGUAAGAUACUUUCCCUAUCUCUGACUCAAGUCAUUGUAAACCUGUGAAAGAGAUAAGAACAGGUAUCUCAGGCAAGGAGCCCCAAGCUUCCUAAGGGUAACAAAGAAGGCCUCACAGAGGAGACAAUAUUUGAAUCCUGAAAGAUGACUCAGGCAUUUAUCAAGAGGUCAAAAAUAUAACCACCUUUUAGAAGUUGGACCUAAUUCCUACAGAUCUGUUCAAGCAGCUAUUGAGACUGUGAUGUUUGAUAAAAACUCUUUGACCAAUAAGCAUCAUGGAAGAUACUUUUGUAUGCAGUUCGGAUAUUUGUAUUUAGUAGUAAAAUGUUAUUAUCACCUUAGUUGAACUGGCAUAAUUCAUAAUGAAUGUUUGUUUGUUUAAAUAUUAAUUGGGCAUGAGGGAUUGAACACUGAGUAACAUCCCCAGCCCUCUCCUUCCCCGC